GUUGUCUUAAUAAUUGAAGAAAUUCUGUCGAAAAUCAAGUCGGGAUCUUGAUUCUUUGAAAUGGCGAGUUCAAUGGUAGAUCGGGCGACGAGCGAUCAACUGAUCGGUCCUGAUUGGGCCAUGAACAUCGAGAUCUGCGAUAUACUCAAUCGUGAUCCUGGGCAAGCGAAGGAUGUUGUAAAAGGCCUCAAAAGACGUGUUCGAAGUAAGAAUCCAAAAGUCCAACUUCUUGCACUUACUUUGCUGGAAACAGUAAUAAAGAAUUGUGGCGAUGUUGUCCAUAUGCAUGUUGCAGAGAAAGAUGUAUUGCAUGAAAUGGUGAAGAUAAUAAAAAAGAAGAAUCCUGAUUUGCACGUCAAGGAAAAGGUAUUGAGUUUAAUAGACACAUGGCAAGAGGCGUUUGGUGGCCCACGAGCAAGAUAUCCGCAAUAUUAUGCUGCAUAUCAGGAGCUCUUGAGGCUUGGCGCUGUGUUUCCUCAAAGAUCUGAGAGCUCUGCGCCUGUAUUAACUCCUCCACAAACACAACCUUUACCAUCCUAUCCUCCAUCAAUAAGAAGCCCUAAUCAUCAAGCGGAACCGGAGACUUCUGUUGCAUCUGAAUUUCCCACCUUGAGCCUCACAGAAAUGCAAAAUGCCCAGGGCAUCAUGGACGUUCUUUCAGAAAUGCUGAAUGCUUUGGAUCCCGGAAACCGAGAGGGACCAAAACAGGAGGUUAUCAUUGACCUUGUUGAGCAGUGUCGUGCUUACAAGCAGAGAGUGGUGCAACUUGUAAACACAACAUCGGAUGAGGAACUUCUUUCCAAGGGACUCACGCUGAAUGAUGACCUGCAGCGUGUUCUAGCAAAACAUGAUGCUAUCGCUGCAGGAAUUUCUGUUCACACGGAGAAACCUAAAUCCCUUCAGUCACUGGUGGAUAUUGAUGAUUCUACAGCUUCAAACAAGGCUCAUCCAGAUAAGGGUUCUGUUACAAGCACAAGCAGUCAGCCUCCUCCUCAGCAGUUGCUCUUACCUGCACCUCCAGCAUCCAAUGCUUCAUCAACCCCUGCAGGGAAAGCUGAUUCUCUCGUAGAUCUUCUCAGUGGGGAUGAUUACAGCAAACCUGCAGCAGAGAAUCCACUCGCUCUUGUUCCUAUUAGCGGGCCAGUUUCAUCACUGUCUCCAUAUGAUGAGAAUGCCCUAGCACUUAUAGAUAUGUUUCCUCGAAACAACAACAACAAUCUAGUCACGCCUGUUGGAUCUCAGCUUCAACCACAACCGCAGCAGCCACCACAGUCUGCUUUUUAUUCCAAUGGAGGCAUCCAGAGCAAUGGACCAUCUACUUAUGAGCAGGGAGCUUAUGUCCAAGGAGAACAAAUAGACAAUGCAAAUUCUGCAGGGAACAACCAACCACAAGCACUAGAUUACGGUGGUAGCAAUGGCCAGAAUGGAGCCUUUCCUCCACCACCUUGGGAAGCUCAACCAGCUCAAAACAACCGAUACUCUGUCCAGGAUUCACAAACUAUACAAAAUGGCCAGAUGGGAGGAAAUUUGCAACCCAAUUUUAUGCAAACUACCCAGUUUGGAGGAAUGCAACCUCAACCUCUACAAAAUGCCCAAUAUAUCGGCAUGCAGCCUUCCAUGAUGCAGAAUAACCAAGGAGGAGGUGUGUAUGGAGGUCAAAUGAUGAUACCACAGCACCAUGCCAUGUAUGGAGGUCAAAUGACGAUAGAUUAUGGGUAUGGACAACAGCCAAAUGCCCAAUUUUAUGAUCCAAGGGCAAAUUCAUACCCUUAUGGAAACCCAAAUGAGCUCUCACAAAGAAUGUAUGGCCUGUCGAUGCAAGACAACAGCGCAUAUAGGAGCACAAACUCUUCAUACAACCAUGUUCCCUCUUCUACCUCUUCUCUUCAGCAGACUAACAAGCCAUUGAAGCCUGAAGAUAAGCUUUUUGGUGAUCUUCUUAGUAUGGCCAGAUCCAAGACUAGUAAACCUGGUGUUAAUAAAGUUGGGAGCCAGUAGACUCAGUGAGCAGAUCAUCUGACUGCUUUGAUUUAAAAUUCUUUUGGUUUGUCAUAAUUUGGUGAUUUUCAAUGCAUAUUCUUGUCUUACGUCCACUUUUUUUUUUGUAUAUUUUGUGUUGAUUUUUAUGAUGUAUAUGUUCAGCUAGAGAGGGUAGGUAGCAGUGAAUAGAGGAACUAUAUAAUUAUUCUAUGUAUUUUGUUUUUUGUGGUUUUGAGCUUCAAGAGGGGACAGUUUUUUUCGA